AUGGAGCUGCCGCCCGGCCGCCUCCUCCUCCUCCUCCUCCUCGCAGCCCUGCUUCCCCUCGCCGCACGGUCUGGCCCGGCACCGCACACAGAUGGAAGAGAGGAGCCGGGGAUGGCAAAGCCCGGGUACUGCUACCACAUCCCGGAGGUGGAGGACCUGCUGAAUGAAGACUGCAGUGCCUGUCGCAGGGAUGCCUCCUGCUCCCACUGCACCAGUGAUGCCGGCUGCCCCGGUGCCACCAAGUGCUGCCCCAGCAAGUGCGGCUACACGUGCCAGGAGCCGGUGCUGGACUUCUGCUACCUGCCCUCCGUCUGCGGGAGCUGCAAGGCACUCUUCCGCCGCUUCUUCUUCAACGCCUCCAGCCAGCAGUGCGAGGAGUUCAUCUACGGCGGCUGCGGCGGCAACAAGAACAACUUUGAGACCGAGGGCGAGUGCUUCCGAGCCUGCUCCCACAUCGGUAACUAG